CGUCUUCAGAAUCUUGGGAAUCCUGUCGACAGCUGUUCUCACAAAACAUCGAGAACGCCAUCCUGAGCACAGUACAAAUCCGUCGAGGUCGCAUCAAAAUCUCGCUUGACAAAGAAAAGUCAUCAUGGUUCGCACAAUUCAGGGCAAGCAGGUCGGCAACAUUGGCUUCGGCCUCAUGGGUCUGACCUGGCGGGCCGGCAAGCUGCCUGACGAGGAGAUGUUCGCCGUGAUCAAGGCCGCGCUGGAGAGCGGCUGCAACUAUCUGAACGGCGGCGAGUUCUACGGCCCGGCCGACAACAACUCGCUCACCCUCCUCAACAGCUACUUCGCAAAGUACCCCGAGGACAGGGACAAGAUCGUGCUCAACAUCAAAGGCUGCGCCGAUCCUGCUAAGCACUAUGCGCCCGACGGCACUCCCGAGGGUGUCAAGGCCAGCGUCGAGAAUUGCGUUCGCCUGAUCGGCGGCAAGGGCCGCAUUGACCAGUUCGAGCCUGCGCGCAAGGACCCCAACACCGACAUCGAGGUUACUAUCGCGGCGCUCCAGGAGCAGGUCAAGGCCGGCAAUAUCGGCGGCAUCUCGCUCAGCGAGGUCAGCGCCGCGACCCUUCGCCGAGCCGCCAAGGUGGCCAAGAUUGAGUCGGUCGAGGUCGAGCUCUCGCUGUGGUGCACCGAGCCUCUCGAGAACGGGCUCGCCGAGGCCUGCGCUGAACUGGACAUCCCCAUCCUUGCAUACUCACCCCUCGGCAGGGGCAUGUUGACCGGGCAGAUCAAAUCCUUCGACGAUAUCCCCGAGGGCGAUUUCCGGCGCAUGGUCCCGCGCUUCCAGCCGGACGUGUUCGAGCAGAACCUACGGCUCGUCAGGGAGGUCGAGAAACUGGCGGCCAAGAAGGGAUGCACGCCGGGGCAGGUGGCCAUCGGCUGGGUGCUGGCGCUGAACAAGCGGCCGGGCAUGCCGACGAUCAUCCCCAUCCCCGGCGCGUCCAAGCCCGAGAGGGUUCGGGAGAACGCGGUCGAGAUCGACCUGACCGACGAGGACAUGGCCGAGCUCGACAGGAUUUCCAGGGAGUUGGCGCCGGUCGGCACGAGGUACCCCGAGUUUGCCAUGAAGCUUCUCGAUACGAGCACUGCAUAGCGGGAUCCAUGUCGCUUUGAAGUCGUGUGUAGCGUAGGCAUGCAAAACAGAACGAAAGCCUAAUUUGCGUGCUGUCCCUCGCGGUCUUCUAUUUCCCCUGAAGUAGCGUGAAGUCGUGUGCGGAGAUAGUACGGAUACUUGCAGGGAUGUGAUGAAAAGCCGGUUUCGAAAACAACCACUGCAAAUCCAUGCACAGUGCAACGGUCAGGUGGGGCAUCGAGCAGCCUGCAGCAGAUACUUGGGCCACCAGGUCCAAGCUCCAAGGCUCUAAGUAGCGUAUUUACCUC